GUUCUUUCAAAGCUCAGGACUUAUCUGACGCUAAUCAAUGGUGCAGAAUACACUUACUCAAGUAGACAAUUCCAGUAUGCGUACAUACCACAACGACUAACACUGGCGCAAUUUUUGCGUAUGAUGGAAUGUUUUGUGAACGAUAAUGCAUCAGAUGAGGUUGUGCAAAACCUGGUUUCUUAUUUGGAAAAGAACUACACGGAAGCUUCAGAAUGGCAAGAGAACUAUGGCACC